CCCGCCGGUGUUUCAGAACAACUUUGUGCUCCAGCUGCAGGUAAAGAAUGUCUGAAGAGAUUCUGAAUGAGAGUGACCAGCCCCAGGACUCCCAGUCCCAGGUUCAGUCCCAACCAACCCAGUCCACUCAGUCUACAUCCCAGUACAAGUCACAUUCCCAGGCCGGGUCCAGUUCUUCCAGUGUGCCUACUUCGGGCAGCCAGUCCAGUGGUUCUGGGACGCUGAGCAGCGUUGAUACCAUUCCUGUCACUAUGCCAUCUCUUCCUGAGGAGCCUGAACUCCAACCCUGGGGCCGGCUGUUACCCAUGGCCAAAGGUUUUAGGUCCCUGGAUUGUGUAGAAGAUGAGUACUUCUUUGGGCGUGCUUCAGGGAAUAACUACAUACUUGAUAACCCAGAUUGCAGAGGUUCUGAAAAUUUCAAGAUCUACAGCAAGAAACAUUUCCGGCUCUACAGAGAGGGCACUGAGGUUUUUGUGGAGGACUUCAGUAACAAUGGGACAUACAUUGAUGGAAAUCUGGUUGGGAAGGGUCUUAAGCUUCCUCUGGUCAACAAUGCAGUGAUUGCUCUGGCUGACCAACGCAAGCGAGUGUUCGUUUUUAUCAACCUGAUGAUGGAUGAUCACUCCGUGUUACCAGAAGAGUUGCAGAAGAAAUAUGUCCUGACACGACGAAUUGGCACAGGAGUUUGUGGUGAAGUCAAACUCGCCUUCGAGAGAUCAACCUGCAAAAAAUUUGCUGUGAAAAUAAUCAACAAGAAGAAUUUCAGUUCUGAGGGGACAGCAACACGUAAUGCAGAGACAGAGAUUGAGAUUCUGCAAAAGAUAAAUCACCCGUGCCUCACAAAGACGGAGGAUUUCUAUCAGACUGACGACAGUUACUACAUCGUUCUAGAGUUGAUGGAGGGCGGUGAACUCUUCCAAAGGGUCAAGUCUCAGGAGCAGCUCCAGGAGUCAGUGGCAAAGCUUUACUUCUAUCAGAUGCUGAAGGCUGUGGAGUACCUGCACGGGAGCGGGAUCAUCCACCGAGACCUGAAACCAGAGAACAUCCUGCUGGCAUCUCAGGAAGACAUCUGUCUCAUCAAGGUGACAGACUUUAACCAGUCCCGGAUGUUGGAGGAGGCGUCUUUGAUGCGGACACUGUGUGGCACACCAUCCUACCUGGCUCCUGAGGUCUUCACCAACGCUGCCACCACAGGAUACGGCAUUGCCGUGGAUGCCUGGAGCCUGGGGGUCCUGCUUUUUGUCUGUCUUGGUGGUUAUCCUCCGUUCCACGAGAGCUUUGGUCAUCGUCCAGUCACCGAGCAGAUCAUUCGAGGAGAGUUCAUUAUGGUUCCACACAAAUGGAAACACGUCUCUGACCAAGCCAAGGAUGUGGUGAGGAAGCUGCUGGUGGUGGAUCCCAGUAAGAGGAUGACCAUCAACGAGGCUCUGCAGCACCCGUGGCUCCAGGACUCUGUGAUGCUGCAGCAGGCCAACGCGCUCAUGUAUCCAUCCGGAGACGAAGCUGCUGCUGCUGCCAUGCAGGAGGCGGGCCCAGUCACCAUCCCUGUGAGGAAAAGAGGAAGAAGUGAAGGAGAAGAUGAUGACCAGCUUCCUGCCAAACGGAGCCAAGCACCGCCCCCUGCCCCCUUGUAGAGGGGUAUGACCAAUCAGGAGCAGUCUGUUCUUGGGUCAUGUGACUUGAGGUGACGUCUUUGAACUACUGACUGUAAAUAAAGUUUAAUCAUUUUGAAUUUCCCCUGAAUGAAUAAAG